UUCACCAUGACUUCGUGGAACGUGAAUUUUCUGCAAGGCAACAAACACGGCAAUCUAGGACAUGCUCUCAUCAUCUUAAACCAGCCCUUCUCAGCCGCUCUCUUUCAUCGUGUCUGGUUGUCUUGUGAAUGGCGUUGCUGCGCUGACGGCGGCGCCAACCGUCUCUACGACCUCUUUGAAGGCGAUGAAUUGCGUUCACACUACCUCCCGCAUCUUAUCAAGGGCGAUCUUGACUCCAUACGACCUGAUGUUCAGGAAUACUACCGUUCUCAUGGUGUGCCAAUUAUCCAGGACAAUGAUCAGGACUCAACGGAUUUGAUGAAAUGUUUAUCUGCCAUUCAUGACAAGGAGCAAGCAGGCGCGUCUGAGCAGUUGAAGGUUAUCCUCCUUGGGGGGCUCGCUGGGCGCCUGGACCAAACCAUUCACCUCCUGUCGUACUUGCACAAGCUUCGCAAGACGCGCAAGUCCGUUGUUGCCGUUACGGAUGAUAAUGUUGGCUGGGUCCUGGAUUCUGGAGAACAUUUCAUAGAGAUAGACCAUGACGUCCUCGGCCAGACGUGUGGUUUGUUACCAGUCGGGAUCAACUCCACUAAAUUGUCAACGACUGGGCUGAGGUGGAAUUUGACCGAUCAAGUGUCCUCAUUCGACGGCUUGAUAUCUACUUCGAACCAUUUGUUACCUGGUGAAAACGUUUGGAUCAAGACUUCAGAACCUAUAUGGUGGACGGUAGAGUUGAAGGAUAUAACCACGAUUUCGCAAAUGGUGUAGAUCAUGCGUAGAUUAUGAUGGAAAAUAGAAUAUUUCUUUCUGCAGGCUGAUCUUCAA